GGCUGGCUGUUGGGGUACUGCGUGUUGCACCAGUCCCCGUUUCCGGUGUCCUUCUCGAGCGCGUUUCUCAAGGGGAUCCUCGGCAGGGCGACGGCGUGGGAGGACCUGGAGGAGAUGGCGCCGGAGGUUGCGAGGAGCUUGGAGAGCGUUCGCGACAUGGACGGCGGCGUCGAGGACCUCUGCCUCACGUUCUCGGUCGAGGAGGAGGAAAUCGCGACGACGACGACGACCGCUGCGACGACGACGCGAACGGAGACGGAGCUCGUGCCCGGGGGCUCCAAAAAAACCGUCACGGAUUUCAACAAGGACAAGUACGUCAGGCUCCACGCCAGGCACAAGCUGGAUCGCGUCACGAAAUCCGCGGCGAUCGAGGCGGUGCGACACGGCCUGCUCGGGAUCGUUCCCCUCGAGCUCCUGAAGCACUUCACCGCUCCGGAGUUUGCGUGCCUCCUCGGCGGAGUCGCCGCCAUCGACGUCCACGACUGGAGGGCAAACGCCAGGUACGACGGAUACGACGAGCAGUCGCCGCAGGUGAGGUGGCUCUGGCGCCUCGUCCACUCGUUCACCCCGGACGAGCGGACGCUGCUGCUGAAGUUUGCCACCGGGAGCAGCAGGAUGCCGGUGGGCGGCUUCGCGAACCUUCGCGGGUUCGGUUCGGAUUCGUCGCCGUUUACGGUGCAGCGAACGCCGCUGAGUUUUUCGAGCGGCGGCGGGGGGGGCGCAUCGGGGCGCGUCGGGGCGUACUGCCUGCCCACCGCCGCGACGUGCUUCAACACGCUUCGUCUGCCGGAGUACCCCACGUACGAGGCUCUGGAGGAGGCUGUCACGAUCGCGCUUCGCCACGGGGUCGAGGGCUUC